CCUUGAAAUUUUGGCGGGCAAGGAAGGCUCUGAGUCAACGACGGCCCACGACGGCGGCGACGGCUGAAAGAACCGAAUUGUGACCCAAUCCUGCUGGGCGAGCUUCUCCCUCUCUCCAUGACGCUUUGCCCGCUCGCCAGCCCACACGCCUUCUCUUCUCUUCGAUAUCCGUUUCUGACCAGCAGAGCAUUCUCCCGGACUCGACGUCCGCGACUCUUUCCCGCUGCCCUUUCCGGUUCCACUGCCGCUGCCGCUGCUAUACACGGCCGGGCCGUCCCGCACCGCCAGCACCGCCGGCACCCCGACUUCUGCUCCUCGCCCCCGACCCGCACGUUCGCGACCGCAGCCACAACCAUGGCCUCGCCGAUCGAGCGGCUCGCGCAGCGGGUCGACGGCCUGAGCCUCGGCGCCCUCGCCGAGAGGUACCCCAACUGCCACCCCGAGACGAACCCGUUCGACCUGUACCGCGCCCACCUCUCCGACGUGCUCGCCCGCAUCACCGGCGUCGACCACAAGAUCAUCUACCCCGCGCUUUCGUGGACCCAGAGCCUUGACAAGGGCGACCUGAUGCUGGCCGCCCCCGCGCUGCGCAUCAAGGGUCGCAGGCCCGACGAGCUGGUCCAGGAGUGGGCCGCACAGUUCCCCGCCGAUGACCCGUUGUUCGAGAAGCCGACCGCCGUCAACUACUUCAUGGCCUUCUACGUCCGCGCCGGCCCGAUCGUGCAGGGCGUGAUCCCCAUCAUCCGCCACCAGGGCGCCGACUACGGCCGCUGCUCGUUCCACGGCCUGCGCGACCCCGCCGACCCCGCCAAGGGCCGCAAGCGCAUCGUCGUCGAGUUCAGCUCGCCCAACAUCGCCAAGCCGUUCCACGCGGGCCACCUGCGCAGCACCAUCAUCGGUGGCUUCCUGGCGAACCUGUAUGAGCUCGCCGGCUGGGACGUCGUGCGCAUCAACUACCUGGGCGACUGGGGCAAGCAGUACGGCCUGCUGGCGCUGGCGUUCGAGCGCUACGGCGACGAGGAGGCGCUGACCCGCGACCCCAUCAACCACCUGUUCCAGCUGUACGUGCGCAUCAACGCCGAGAUGACGGCCGAGAAGGAGCAGAUCGAGCAGCGCCGGCAGGCCGGCGAGGACGUGGCCCAGCUCGAGGCCGACAGCCUCGACGAGCAGGCCCGCCGCUACUUCCGCAAGAUGACGGACCGCGACCCGGCCGCGCUGGCGCAGUGGCGCCGCUUCCGCGACCUGAGCAUCGCACGCUACCGCGAGACGUACGAGCGCCUCAACAUCCGCUUCGACGAGUACAGCGGCGAGAGCCAGGUGUCGGAGGAGGCCAUGCACCGCAUCGUCGAGCAGAUGGAGGCCAAGGGCAUCUGCCGCGAGGACAAGGGCGCCCUGAUCGUCGACUUCCAGGCCCUCGUGCCCGGCAAGGAGGGCAAGCGGCUCGAAAAGCCCAUCGUGCGCAAGCGCGACGGCACCGCGCUAUACUUGACGCGCGACAUCAGCGAGCUGCUCGCCCGCCACGACAAGUACCAGUUCGACCACAUGAUCUACGUGGUCGCGUCGGCCCAGGAUCUGCACCUCAAGCAGCUCUUCAAGAUCAUCGAGCUGCUCGGCCACCAGGACAUCGCGGCCAAGUGCCAGCACGUCAACUUCGGCCUCGUGCUGGGCAUGAGCACGCGCCGCGGCACCGUCAAGUUCCUCGACGACAUCCUGCGCGACGUCGCCGACAAGAUGCACGAGACCAUGCGCCGCAACGAGACCAAGUACGCCCAGGUCGAGGACCCCGCCGCCACCGCCGACACGCUCGGCAUCAGCAGCGUCAUGGUGCAGGACAUGUCGGGCAAGCGCAUCAACAACUACACCUUCAACAUGGACGCCAUGACCUCCUUCGAGGGCGACACGGGGCCGUACCUGCAGUACGCCCACGCCCGCGUCUCGUCCAUCCGCCGCCGCGCCGGCCUCUCCGACGACGACCUCGCCGCCGCCGACCUGUCGCUGCUGACCGAGCCGCACGCCGUCAACAUCGUCCGCCUGCUCGCCCAGUGGCCCGACACGGUGCAGAACACGCUGCGCACGCUCGAGCCCACCACCGUGCUGACCUACCUGUUCCGCAUGACCCACGCGCUCAGCAGCAGCUACGACCACCUGCAGGUCGUCGGCUCCGAGCGCGAGCUGAUGAAGGCCCGCAUGGCCCUGUACGACGCCGCCCACACCGUGCUGGGCAACGGCAUGCGCCUGUUGGGCUUGAACCCCGUCGAGCGGAUGUGAACGCGGAUAGCUAUGGCGAACGCGGUGAUAGACAGCGUAUAAUAGACGGCCGGUUAGGCCAUGCUCGCUCCCGCUCCCUCCACACAGCCUGGUCCUCCGCACGUGAGUCGAAUCUCGAAGCGGACAGUUGAUGGCUCGUGUAGGCUGUCUCCGUCCUGAAACUUUGGCCGG